AUGUCGUCCUCGAAAACGCCCACCUCUCCAACUGAGACCUCCAUCUUUUCGUCGCCGCAAAGAGCCAUGCCCACAAUCCUUCGCUCAGUGCUGUGGAAUGUCCAUAUCUACGACUCAAAUGAUCCUACCACCGUAAUUGGCGGUCUGUCUCUCACACCCGGUAUUACAAAUGCCAACCUCUACGUCAUGAUAGAGAUUCUUGUCAUUAUUUCGAGCACCUUCUUUCUGCGAGAUGAGAAUGAAACAAAGAUUGAAAGGGAUGGCCAUCCGCUUCAGCCUGGGAAGUAUUACAUUGUUGCUGCCGAUUCCUUCCAGGUCAAUGAUGAGCCAUGGCUCGUCCGAACAAUCGAUCGUGCUCCUGGAACCCGUGUCGCCGCCUUCUGCGAUGCUGUUCGUUUGCGAGAUCGUCGAUGCGUUAUAUCCGGAGAGAUUGUACCCACGUUUGGUGAAAUUGACCUCUGGGAUGGCUUCGAUGCUGCGCACAUUUUCCCACUCGCCUACGAAGGUCACUGGAUCGAUCAGAACUUCAAUCGAUGGAUUACAAUUCAACCAGCAAAAGGGGGAACUAUCAACUCAGUACAGAAUGGAUUGUUGCUUGACUCGGCUAUACAUCAACUAUUCGAUGCCUAUGCUGUCUCAAUUAAUCCGGAUGACAAUUACAAGGUUGUAGCCUUCAUGCCUACACCGAGAAAUAUUGCGGGCAAGCAUCUCGAUCGAGAAUAUUUUACUCACCCUGACGCGCCUCUUGACUCACUUCUACGAUGGCACUUUCGAUAG